CUCCAAAAGUUUCAAACUCACAAGUUUCAAAUUUGAUAUGAAUUUCCCCAAAACUUUUUUUCUAAGAAAUUCCUCAUGCCCAUUGGGCAAGUGAAGGACAGAAUGUCCACCAGACCCAAGCCAUUGAACACAACUUUCUUUACAUGCUGGGUAAUGGUCAUUGUUCUGGGUUCGAACCCUGGCCAGGGACGUUGUGUUGCGUACUUAGGCAAGACACUUUACUCUCACAGUGCCUCUCUCCGACCAGGUGUAUAAAUGCAUGGGUAGCAGUGAAUUCAAUUAAUGCUGGGUGUAACUCUUUGAUAGACUAGCUUACCAUCCAUAAUUUGCUCUUUUCUUUCCCGUUUUCAUAUUAACAUUUUCUCCCUUCUCUUCCCUCCCCUUUUUUUCUACCUGUUGUCCUCUUUUACUGAAAAUCUUCAAAAUAUGGUGAUUUUUAUUUGCAAAUUUAUCAGGACUGAAUCUGCUUACCUUCUAUAUGGAUCUGCCUGCAGUGAAAGUUACUUUCAAAUUGCUUAAUAUUCUCUCUUUUUUGUUGAUCAUUAAUUUUUUUGUUGAUGGGAGUGUGUUGUUAAUAAAAUUAAACAAUAAAUAUAUACUGAUGUAUGUAAAUUUACUAAUAACUUGUAAUGAAGUUGAAUUUGUGUGGUGAACCAAAAUUAAUUGAGUUAGAACUUGAAGUCACCUCAAAGUCACAAUAACCUGUAGCUAUGAAUGAUCAUAAAUUGCUUGCUAAAAUAUACAUAUUAUAUACAAAUAAUAGUUGUUGCAUUCUAGUGGAAUAUGUUUUCUCCCUCUUACUUGCCAUAAUGUUUGAAAUGAACAUGAUCACAACUUGCAUUCUGUUUCUGGCUAAUAUUUUUUUGCAAUUAAUAAUUAAAAUAAUUUUUGAUGCAAAAAGGCCAUUGUUACACCAGUAUAAGUUUAGUUAGGGUUUCAAAUUUCUCUUGGAAGGCCAGCAAAAUUUUACUGCAAGGGGAUUGAGUUUGUUCUGGACAUUAAAAGGACCCUUCUGAUUUGCUAGUCAAGAAUUCAGCUGUGUAAGAUAUUACUGAAAAUAAUAAAUUAUUAACACCAUAUUAUAAUAUGCAGGUGUUGCUAACAUAACAAUUAACUUCCACAAAAUAAAGAAAAUUUGCAUUUUAAUUGUUCUUGUCCGUCACGUGUUAUAGAGGUGUCAUAUAAGAUGUUUUCCUUUAUACGCGGCAACUUUGUUUAGAAGUGGAUAUGAAUCUGAUGCGUUAUUAUAAUUGUUGUUGUGAAAUUAAAUUUUUGCUAUCUCUCCUACACAAUAUAGACAUUCAAGGAAAUUCUUCACUAAACACUUUUGUUUUGUCUUGUGCAGCUUUAACUUUAUUUUUGGAUUGAUUCAUUUCAAACACAGUGGUACAUGAAUAGUUGUGUGAUAACUCUAAAUAUGAGAGAGUUUUUUUUGUUUCUAACUGCCAGAAUUUCUAUUGGGUUCUUUCUUACGCAAAACAGUUUACUUUAUGAAUGUGUCUGCCUAUUGUUAAUCUCCACCUGCAGUUGUUUCUAGCCAAUCACAGUACAUUCUGUGCUCUCUGUGGUCACUUCCUACUGACAGAGUUUAUCCUAGGCUUGAAUAAAUCAUCAUCCACUCGUGAAAUAAUUUCGACUAGGCUUGUCUAUCGUUUGAGGAGUAUCCAGUAUGUCUCUUGGAUUGCAAUUUGCUGUGACAAAAUACGGAAGGGUUUUGCUGCCAGGAGUAUGAAUCCAGGCAAGAGAAAAUUGAGAAGACGGAAUUCUGUAUUUGGGAGAUCUAAGGAUGAUACCUUUCAGAUCACAAACAAAGGCAGAAGGAAGGGAGCAAAUUCACAAAACAGAUGGUCUCUACUGUCAACACGGACUCCUUAUGAAGAAUUCCACCGCCUCUUUAAAAAUGUUCCAAUGGACCAGUUCCCAAUAAAUGAUUUCUCAUGUGCGCUAAGUCGUGAAAUCCUACUUCAAGGAAGAAUUUAUAUUGCACAAGGGUGGUUCUGUUUCUAUUCAAAUAUAUUUGGAUGGGAGACACAGGUGACAAUAGAUUGUACAAAGAUCCAGUCUAUAACAAGGGAAAAGACAGCAUAUGUUGUGCCAAAUGCAAUUCUUAUCUGCACUGAUGAAGAAAAGGUCAGUAUCUCUAAGUGCUACGUGACUCACAGUGUUCUGGUCAAAAUGGAAGUCUGUUAAUUUUUGGAUGAAAAUUAGUUUUGAAACAACAUGUAGGAGAUCUCUGGUUUAAGUGUCAGUGGUUAUUCUCUAAAUGAAAAAGAAAGAAGAGAAAGUCAGCAAAAAACAGCUCCUAAUAUCGUGAGAAUAAUAAUGCAUGGGAAAUAUGCCAUUACCUUUUCAGGGACUUUGGUGAAAAUAUAUUAUAUUGAGUGUUUUACUGGGGACUUUGUGG